AUGGAGAGCAUGGAGAAGAUGAUUUUUGGUACCAUGGAGUUUAAGUUUGUGAAACAAGAUUUUUCUGAUGUGUUGUGUGAGGACAAGAACCAAAGGCUGAGUACAAUGGUGGAUGAGACAGGCUGUAGCAGGGAUCAGGAGAUAACAGGACAAAAUAACACAGUAUCAGGGCCGACUGACAGUAGUAAUACAACAUUCCAAGAGCACCAGUACUGCAGUAAGAUUUCAGAGAAUAAAGCUAAAUUUAUUGGUAUUAGAAAAAAAUUGUCCUUGGCAAGUAAGAAUUGUCAAUUGAAACAUAACAGAGAAGAGAGCACAAAAGAUAGACCAGACUUAUCUGAUGAUUGUGAUUCAUCUGUCAGUGUUGAUCGUUACAUAAAGACACACAAGAAGAAAUAUACAGAGGAGAAACCUUACAAGUGUGAUGACUGCAGUGCAGUUUUUACUCACUCUAGCAGUUUAAAGAACCACAAGAGAACACAUACAGGAGAGAAACCUUACAAGUGUGAUGACUGCAGUGCAGCUUUUACUCACUCUAGCAGUUUAAAGAACCACAAGAGAAUACAUACAGGAGAGAAACCUUACAAGUGUGAUGAUUGUGGUGCAUCAUUUUCUGAAGCUGGCAGUCUAAAGAGACACAAGAGAACACAUACAGGAGAGAAACCUUACAAGUGUGAGUGUUGCAGUGCAUCAUUUACUGAAUCUGGCAGCCUAAAGGAACACAUGAGAACACAUACAGGAGAGAAACCUUACAAGUGUGAUGAGUGCGGUGCAUCAUUUACUAAAUCAGGCCAUCUAAAGACACACAAGCGAACACAUACAGGAGAGAAACCCUACAAGUGUGAUGAUUGUGGUUCAUUAUUUUCUGAAGCUGGCUGUCUAAAUAAACACAAACGAACACAUACAGGUGAGAAACCUUACAAGUGUGAUGACUGCAGUGCAGCUUUUACUCACUCUAGCAGUUUAAAGGACCACCAGAGAAUACAUACAGGAGAGAAACCUUACAAGUGUGAUAUUUGCUAUGCAACAUUUUCUCAAGCUGGCAAUCUAAAGACACAUAAGAGAACACAUACAGGAGAGGAACCUUACAAGUGUGGUGAUUGUGAUACAUCAUUUACUGAAUCCGGCAGUCUAAAGAGACACAAGAGAAUACAUACAGGAGAAAAACCUUACAAGUGUGAUGAUUGUGGUGCAUCAUUUUCUCAAGCUAGCAGUCUAAAGACUCACAAGCGAACACAUACAGGAGAGAAACCUUAUAAGUGUGAUGAUUGUGGUUCAUUAUUUUCUGAAUCUGGCCAUCUAAAGAAACACAAGCGAACACAUACAGGCGAGAAACCUUACAUGUGUGAUGACUGCAGUGCAGCUUUUACUCACUCUAACAGUUUAAAGAACCACAAGAGAAUACAUACAGAAGAGAAACCUUACAAGUGUGAUAUUUGCUUUGCAGCUUUUACUCACUCUAGCAGUCUAAAGACACACAAGAGAACACAUACAGGAGAGAAACCUUACAAGUGUGAUGAUUGCGGUGCAGCUUUUACUCACUCUAGCAGUUUAAAGAACCACAAGAGAAUACAUACAGAAGAGAAACCUUACAAGUGUGAUAUUUGCUUUGCAGCUUUUACUCACUCUAGCAAUCUAAAGACUCACAAGCGAACACAUACAGGAGAGAAACCCUACAAGUGUGAUGAUUGUGGUUCAUUAUUUUCUGAAGCUGGCAGUCUAAAGAAACACAAGAGAACACAUACAGGAGAGAAACCUUACAAGUGUGAUGAUUGUGGUGCAUCAUUUUCUGAAGCUGGCAGUCUAAAGAGACACAAGAGAACACAUACAGGAGAGAAACCUUACAAGUGUGAUGAUUGCAGUGCAUCAUUUAUCCGGCAAUCACAUGAGCACAUACAGGAGAGAAACCUUAAAGUGCCACAUCAUUUAUUAAAUCAGGCCAUCUAA